CUACCAAUCUCUUCUCGCCUCGUCUCGUCUCAUCUCAGCAGCGGCAUUCCAUUUCCAUCCUCCCUGCUCUGUUGAGAACACAGGAGGUGGCCAGCCACCAGUCCACCACCACCGAAGCCAAAACACCUCCCCGUCUCUCCUCCGCCCUCUCCGACCCCCGCGCGCGAGAUUGUCCAACAACAAAGAAUUUGGAUGCUCCUGCCUAUGCAUGAUGUCAACUACCAGAGAUACCGUUUAGUGCUGGGGAAGUUGUGCAGUUUUGGAUCAUAAAUUCCUCAAAAACAAGGCAACUAUGGACCGUGCAGACACAUCUGGGUUUGUCAGUGGUGGUUGCUUCGGUACUACACUCCUGCUGAUAUUCUUCCAUUUCGUUUAUUCUACAGUCCGUGCCUGAAAGAUCAUCAGGAACCCUUCAGCUACUCGGGCAGAAAGAUCGUCAGGCCCUUGUUCUUUAAGCUCUCUAGUGUUUUAUCUCAUUUUCUCUCCCACCAUUGUGUGUCUUAACUGUGAUGGAUAACAGUUUUAUGAACAUCCCCCACCUGCCUCCGAUGAAUGACCCCUUUGUGUUGGGAUGCUCAACACCAAGCUCCACCAUGGAGAACAUGGACCAAAGCACAUUCUGUAUGGACGGUCUGAGCCCAGCAAUGGCUAACUGUAGCCACUUCAAUGGAAAUAUGCAGAUAAUGAAUGACAUAACAGCGAGAGAUGAUGGCAGCAGGUUAGUCCUUGGACUGGGUCCAACACCCAAUUUUUAUUCUGCAGAUUGUCAGUCCACUGGGUCAAAACAAGCUGAGAGGUUGUCCGGCCAGAGUUCCACUUUCACUGAUCCAGGGACGCUGAGGCUUGGCCUUCAGAUGGAUGGUGGAGAACCAAUUCAAUAUCUGCAAACACCAAAUGGAACAGUCCAUUCUUUUGGUGUUGUUGACGAGGCUUCAACAUCUGCUACUGUAAGGAACAUGGGUGGUUACAUGCCAUCUCUACUCUUUGCUCCCCGCUCCAAUUGUACUGUCAAUGAGGCACAAGUAGAAACCCCAGAUUCUCUAGACCUCACACAUAACACCAAUAACAGUCAGCAUCAUCGUCAGCUCAGCCCUGAACCUUCUGCAAUGACUGAUUCUUCAUUUGGUGUGAGUUCUGAUGUUGUCACUGCAACAACUACAUCAGAACAACGCAGCCAUCCGCGACAUCCUAAGAAAUGCAGGUUCAAGGGUUGCUCCAAAGGUGCAAGAGGUGCGUCAGGAUUGUGUAUUGCUCACGGAGGUGGGCAGAGAUGUCAUAAACCUGGAUGCCAUAAAGGCGCUGAAAGCAGCUCUGCCUACUGCAAAGCCCAUGGUGGAGGUCGUCGGUGUGAGGAGCUUGGUUGCACCAAAAGUGCAGAAGGAAAAACAGAUUAUUGCAUUGCUCAUGGUGGAGGCCACCGCUGUGAACAUCCUGGCUGUCCUAAAGCUGCACGGGGUAAGUCAGGGCGGUGCAUCAAGCAUGGUGGUGGGAAGAGAUGCUCUGUUAAAGGCUGCAUUCGGAGUGCUGAGGGGAAAGCUGGAUUGUGCAUUUCUCAUGGUGGUGGCCGACGAUGCCAGUACCCGGACUGUGGCAAGGGUGCUCAGGGCAGCACAUUGUACUGCAAGGGGCAUGGUGGUGGUAAGAGGUGCAUCUUUGAUGGUUGCAGCAAAGGCGCAGAGGGUAGCACACCUCUGUGCAAAGCUCACGGUGGUGGGAAGCGAUGCAUGUUUGAAGGAGGUGGCGUCUGUGCAAAGAGCGUGCACGGGGCUACUGAAUACUGUGUGGCACAUGGAGGAGGGAAGCGCUGUUCCGUGCCUGGCUGCACCAAGAGCGCCCGUGGGCGCACUGACUGCUGCGUGAAGCACGGUGGCGGCAAGCGGUGCAAGGUUGACAACUGCGGCAAAAGCGCCCAGGGGAGCACCGACUUCUGUAAAGCCCAUGGUGGAGGCAAACGGUGCACAUGGAGCACAGGCUGUGAGAAGUUCUCCCGUGGCAAGAGUGGCUUCUGCGCCGCGCAUGGUACCAUGAUGGCUAGGCAGCGAGAACAAGAUGCAGUGAAGAAUGUAGGAAGCAUGAUUGGACCAGGUCUCUUCAGCGGCAUCGUGAUGUCAUCAGCCACUGUGGGAAGCAGCAUGACGAAUGAGCACUCGUCCUCAGGCAUCAGCACCGCGUCAGAUUGUGAUGGCACUGUUAGGAGCCAAUCCAUGAUUCCUCCGCAGGUGCUGGUUCCUCGCUCCAUGAUGCCCCCUUGGUCGUCUGAGCCUGUGGAUGGGGGCAGAGAGGGAGGUCAUGUUGUUCCUGAGGGGAGGGUGCAUGGUGGUGGCCUCCUGUCACUUCUCGGUGGCAGCUUCAGGAACGCUGAUGUGGAAAAGCUUUGAAGCUAGUGCUUUUCCAUCUGCAAAUUCGGUCAGUUUGUUUGUAUAUAAACGGAGGCGCUUUGCCGCCUAUUGAAUUCGUAUUGUACUUUUUCUUGUCUAGAUAAACGUUUUGAUUCGGUUAGUCCAUUGUAAAGUGGUGACUGGCAAUUGUUAUGAACUCUGUUGGCUUGUUGGUUCAGUCAUAGCCAGUACUUGCAAUAAAAUUUGUGUAUUUAUAUUGAGCUGCUCU